UCAAAUGCAAAUUCGUGGGAUGAAAAGGAUAAAUUACUAUAUCUACCAUUUUACUUAGAAGGCAGUCCUUUGAAAUAUUUAGAUAUGAUCCAACUCUCGUUGACGGAAGCAAAUAGAUGGGAUUACAAAAAUGUUCGAUCUGAGCUCGAAAAGUAUUAUCAGCCUAUUCACAUGGAUAGGUAUGAAAUGGAGUUGACAAACAUAAGAAUGAAACCGUGUGAAGCAGCUAGGGAAUAUAUGGCCCAAGUUUUAGGAUUGUGCUCAAAGGUUGACCCGCAUAUGUCGGAAGGUAGGAAAAUAAAAUAUGUAUUGAAAGGAUUGUUACCUCAUAUUCAGGAUAGGGUAAUAAUGCUGCCUAACGAAUCCAUCGAUGAGUUAGAAAGAAAUUUACAGCGUUUUGAAUUUUCUCAAUACAUAGUGGAAGAUAGAGUAGGUCUAGGCAAAGCUUCAAUAGUUCAACGGGAUUCAUAUGAUCAUCACAUUAUGCAGAUAAGUAGAAAUGUGGAUAAACUUAUUGCAGAAAAAGAAUUAGCGGGGAGAAGAUUCAAUGACAGCAAUACGAGUGGCAACGAAAAUAAUAGGUCUUAUGGGAACAAAUUCAACAAUGGUAUUGAGAAGGGUCAAAGGUUUAAUAGAAAUAGGUAUGAAGGAAAUAGGUUUGAAGGGAAUAGGGUUGAAGGAAAUAGGUAUGAAGGAAAUAGGUUUGAAGGAAAUAGGUUCGAAGGAAAUAGAUUUGAAGGGAAUAGGUUUGAUCGAAGAAAUAGGAAUGAUAGAGAGGGAGAUAUUCAUCACAAAGAAAAUAUCAAGUUUCAAAAAAGAUGGUGUGCGAUAUGUGAGACCACUACGCAUACGACAGCUGAAUGCAGGUUUAAUUUGAGAAACAAAAAAACGGAAGAUGAAUUUUUUUGUCAUAUAUGCAAUGUCAAAAAUCAUUCCACUAUGUCGUGUAGGUACAAUGGGAGAAAGAAUGACUCAAAAAACUUGUAGCGGGGGCUCAGUUCUCGG